UUUUAUGUGGUUGAGGGAGUAUUAAUUGUUGUAUUAGUUAGUGUUGAGACUUGAAUCAAGCCAAAUUGAAGGAAUAAUAUGGAAGGCCUUACUAUUAACAUGUGUUUUUCUAUAAGAUGUGCAACGCAUAAAGCUAGAAGUUCAAAACAUAAAUUUACGCGAUUUUAGAAUCCAAAUGUUUCUUAUGAUUAGCAUACUUGUGAUGAAUGAAUAGCUUGUAAUCUUGUAUUAGAGGGAGUAUUGGAGAUGACCUGUUUGUUGUUAUUGAUGGAACUUGAGUUUGGUUCUUUUGUCUGUUACCUGUCAAUGGAUUCUCUUCGAAUUGUUAUUCACAACAUAAAUUUAUGCGAUUUUAUGAUACAAAUGUUUCUUAUCAUUUCCAUACUUGUGGUGACUCAAUAGCUUGUAAUCUUGUAUUAGAAGGAGUAUUGGAGAUGACCUGUAUGUUGUUGUUGAUGGAACUUGAGUUUGGUUCUUUUGCCUGUUACCUGUUAAUGGAUUCUCUAUGAAUUGUUUUUUUUUUUUUGUUUUCUCAAUGUGGUCUGGAAAUGUUGAAAUGUUGUGUGUUUUGAGCAGCUUGAUGGAUCGUUUUUUGUGGGUAUUGAGGUUGGGCAAUGUAUAGUGAUCAACGACCCUGAUGGUGAUUUCACGGUUACUGCCCUUGAUGCCAAUCAUUGCCCAGAUUGUUGAGUAUCAAGUUGCGGAAGUUGUGUCACGGUGGUGACCACCUCAUUUCAUUUUUUAUAGGAGGAGCUCUAAUGUUCUUGUAUGAAGGCAAAUUUGGGAAUCUCCUACAUACAGGAGAUUGCAGACUCACGAUUGAGUGCUUGCAACAAUUACCCCUAAAGUAUGUGGGCAGCCCAGGAAAAGAACCGAAGUGUCAGAUUGAUUGCAUUUUCCUUGAUUGCACAUUUGGUCAGUCUCCAUUGAAGAUGCCCAGCAGGCAGUCAGCGAUGCAACAGAUAAUCAAUUGCAUAUGGAAGCACCCUCAAGCUCCUACAGUCUAUCUGACAUGUGAUCUUCUUGGCCACGAGGAGAUACUUGUGCAUGUUUCACAGACAUUUGGUUGCAAGAUAUAUGUCGAUAAAGCUAAAACUCCAGAAUGCUUUCAGGCUUUGGAACUAAUGGUGCCUGAAAUACUGUCUGAAGACUCAUCUUCUCGUUUUCAACUGUUUGAUGGGUUUCCAAAACUGUACCAAAGAGCAGAAGCCAAGAUUGCAAAGGCUCGGUCUAAUUCUCAGCAUGAGCCUCUAAUUAUUCGAGCAUCAGCACAGUGGUAUGUAUGCGAUGAUGGUAUUUCGGAUAUUGAAAGUCGAAAAAAAGGAAGAUGUGAUCAACCAGUGAGAGAUAUAUUCGGUGUCUGGCACAUUUGUUACUCCAUACACUCAUCAAAGGAAGAACUGGAGUGGGCUUUGCAACUUCUUGCACCUAGGUGGGUCAUCUCUACAACACCUAGUUGUAAGGCUCUGGAGCUGGACUAUGUGAAGCGUCUUUUUAAUCAACAUCGGAAUUUUGAUGACCCUUUCUGGCAACUUUUGGGGUUCAGUAUGAACGAGGACUCUGAAGUUGAUGCAGAAACACCUCCAGAUGUGGUUGAGAUUUCAAGUUCACCUAUGGCCAAGAGCAAUGCUCAAGAUUGUACCGGACACUCCAAGUCGAUGACAUCAUCUUUUAGCAUUUGUAGGCAGUCACAUCUGUCUCCUCCAAGCAAAACAGCCCCAGUAACAUUAUUUGGUAGGGCGAGGCUUGGGCUCAAUGGUUCUUGUUUCAAACAUGAAGAGAAGGAGCCUAUACUUCCAGAUGAAAAUGCUGUAAUCAGAUGUUCUGACAAGUUAGAGGCUAUUUCAUUUAAGCAGGAAGAAGUUGUGGUGGACGCUGGUAAGACCUUGGCAGUAAGUGAAAGUUCAGACAUCAGGAGUAAAGAGAGCUUGAUGCACAGAAAAACAGAGAAUUGUAUUUUUGAGUCAGCGGUUGGAUUGUCAAACAGUUAUAACCCAAGUUUGAGGAAAUUAUACCGGUCUAUGCAUGUACCAGUGCCCCGACCCCUUCCUUCAUUGACAGAGCUUAUGAAUGCUACUAAGCGUGCUAGGAGAAGGCUGUAAGUUCUGAUUUUUCCUGGCAUCAUUUCUUCAUUAAUUUCUUCAUUUCAUUCUCCACCCUCAUCGCUUUCAGAUAUUGAUACCAAGUACAGCAUUGUUUACAGAAAAAAAUACAGAUACCUUAUACUCCAUACACCUGUUCUUCACCUUCCCUUUUUACAGGCUGCUGUACACCGAGACUUUCCGGUUACCUGCCUACUGUAUAUUGUGUGUACACUAUAAUUUUAUGAAAAAAUUAAUGGUACAUUGAGACGUACAUUUCGAUAUUCA